AUGAGGAGCUUUUGUCUCUUGCUCCUGAUGUCUGUCCUCCACACCUGCUCGCUCACAGUGCAGCAUGAGGAGGACUAUGAGGAUGUCACUGUGAACCAGAUGCUGGCUCCCAAAUCUCAGGAGAGCGACGCCACGGAAAUACUCAACAACCUGCUGAAGGAAUAUGAUAAGAAACUAAGACCGGAUAUCGGAGUUAAACCAAUUGUUAUAGAUGUGGGCAUAUUUGUGAACAGCAUUGGACCUGUGUCUUCAAUCAAUAUGGAAUACCAAAUCGACAUCAUCUUCGCCCAGACGUGGACAGACAGCCGCCUCAGCUACAACAGCACCAUGAAGAAAUUGACUCUGAACAGCAACAUGGUUGGAAUGAUUUGGCUUCCUGACACCAUCUUCAGAAACUCCAAGACGGCAGACUCCCACUGGAUCACAAUGCCCAACCAGCUGCUUCGGAUAUGGAACGACGGGAAGAUACUCUACACCUUGAGGCUGACGAUAAACGCAGAGUGUCAGCUGCAGCUUCACAACUUCCCGAUGGACGAGCACUCCUGUCCGCUCGUCUUCUCCAGCUACGGAUACCCUCGAGAUGAGAUGAUCUACAAGUGGAGGAAGAACUCUGUGGAGGCGACGGACCAGAAGUCCUGGCGGCUCUACCAGUUUGACUUCAUGGGCCUGAGGAACACCACGGACAUAAUACAGACGACAGCAGGUGACUACGUGCUGAUGACCGUUUACUUUGACCUGAGCAGAAGGAUGGGAUACUUCACCAUCCAGACCUACAUCCCCUGCAUCCUCACCGUGGUCCUGUCCUGGGUCUCCUUCUGGAUCAAGAAGGACGCCACGCCGGCCAGAACCGCUUUAGGAAUAACCACGGUCCUGACGAUGACCACCCUCAGCAGCAUGGCCAGGGUGUCCCUCCCCAGAGUUUCCUACAUCACCGCCAUGGACCUCUUCGUCACCGUCUGCUUCCUGUUCGUCUUCGCCGCGCUGAUGGAGUACGCGACGCUGAAUUACUAUUCGAACAGCGUUAAGAAACCACGCUGCAGGGAACCUAGAAGAACAAACUACUCGGUGCUGGAUGUGAGGCCGCCACACACCGUCAUCGCGUUAAACAACUCCCUGUACUGGCAGGACUUCGAGGACGCCUGUGUCUACGAGUGUCUGGACGGGAAAGACUGCCAGAGCUUCUUCUGCUGCCUGGAGGAGUGUAAAGAAGGAGGGUGGAGGAGAGGACGCGUCCACAUAGAUCUACUCGAACUGGACGCAUACUCACGUGUCUUUUUUCCCACCUCCUUCUUGCUGUUCAACAUCGUUUACUGGGUUGGCUAUCUCUACCUUUAGCCCACAGCGGGGUCACAACACAAGGAGUUCAACGGAGGAGAUUCAAGGUUAAUAAAAAGUUAACAUCAAAUAAGUGCUACCUGAAGCAGCUACCUGGAGAUGAAAGAUAACGUGUGCGUCUUCAGGCCAGAGCCUCGCAGUGAUUUCUGACUUCAGGUGCGAUAAUACGGCACAUUACUGAAUCCCUUCAAUAUGCAGAACACAGACGGAGAACAGGAUGGACUGUGUGCGAAUGUGAAGAAAAAGAAGCUACUCCAAACUUCUCAAUCAGGAUGAUGACUCGUCUUGUAGGGAACGUUAUUAUCCAGCCAUCCAUCAAAUCCAGUUGAUGAAAAUCCAAGGACGUUCAGACCAUUCAUAGUGCCUUCCUCCGGAGGGGUAGAUACUAUCUGCUACAAUAAUCAGGGAGUAAUGAUUUAUAAUAAAAAAAAUAG